AUGUAUCCGCCCGAGGUCACCGCACAACACGACGAGAAGCCCAUCACAAGAUGUGACAUACUGUCCUGGUCUGGAGACACCCCUCCUGGCUGUAGGGCUGGUCGCACAUCCCAACCGAUUACUAGUGAUACCAACACAGACGCCGGUCUAUGA